CGUUGCACACUACGUUGUACACGCUAUCAAUCAGCAUUAUAAAUCGCACAAAUCCGUUUUAUGUUUUGGACAUAUUACGUGUUUAUAUUUAUAAAUAAAUGUAUAAUAAGACAAUAAAAUAUGUCACAUAAAUUUUAAUUCAUGUUCGUAUCAAGGGAUUCGAUUAAUGUGCGCUAAGUCAAGAUGUCAAAUGAGAUAGAUACGAGCUUAUUAAUAAUUGUGCUAGACGUAAAUCCCGUACAAAGAAUCGUAAAGCAAGAAACAAGGAUAUUAACGCAAUGUUUAGAUUCUACUAUCGUCUUCGCGAAUGCACAUUUGAUGCAAUCGUCGAACAAUCAACUUGCUGUGCUAGCAUGCUAUAGCCAUGGAGCAAAAUUUUUAUAUCCAUGUGAGAAAUCAUCAGAAAUCAGGCAAAUUGAUGGACAAUAUGAAAAAUUUACUAUGGUAGAACGUACUAUAAGACAGCAGUUACAACAAGUCAUCAAUGAAAUUUCUUUGGAUAAACCAUUGAAUGGAGAAAGCUUAAUGUCUGGCGCAUUAACUAUGGCAUUGUGUUACGUUGCAAGAUUAGAAAGGGAAAAGGUUGCUGGUGAAAAGUUGCAUUCAAGAAUGCUUGUAAUUACAGCCAGUAAUGAUUCGGCAAUACAAUAUAUGAACUACAUGAACAUAUUCUUCACUGCCCAAAAAAUGGGGAUAAUAUUGGACGUAUGUAGUUUAGAUCAAGAUUUGACCUUGCUUCAACAGGGCUGUGAUAUCACUGGUGGAAUUUACUUAAAAGUGCCACAGUUAAGUGGAUUAUUACAAUAUUUAUUGUGGAUAUUUUUACCAGAUCCAAACGUUAGGUCCAAAUUGGUACUUCCACCACCUGUGAAAGUAGAUUAUAGAGCAGCAUGCUUUUGCCAUCAAGAGCUCAUAGAUAUUGGCUAUGUAUGCUCCAUAUGUCUAUCAAUAUUCUGUAAAUUCAGUCCAAUAUGUACAACUUGCCAUAUUCAAAAUGCCAGGACCUAUACCUAUGAAAAUGAAGAAAAAGAAAAAGAAUAUAGAUAUAGUUCACUAAAGCUUGUAAUUAUAUUACCGAUAGAUAGAAUUUUUUAUUUAAAUAUAUCUAUUUUCUCACCAUAGAUAUUAUUUUCUUGUCACUAAAGAAAACUGUUACAGUCCCUUAUGAUAAAAUACUGUAUCUACAUGGCUCUUA